UUCCACUCUAAAGAUACAUCCAGGCAUCAAGUUCGCAGCAGACCGCCAUUGUUCAUCAUGCAGUUGCAGGCAGCUCCUUCCCUGGCACAUCCAUCUUCAUGCUACCUUCUCCCACCAACUACCAAAUUGAUGGCGUUCUCAGUCCCAUCUAGGUCCAUGCGAAGGCACCCCACUUCACAAACUCAUCGCCCCAUCCUAAAAGCGAAGGCAAGUGCGGUUGGACAAGACCCUUCAACGGUUGACUACAGCUCCGUGUCCUCUGUUUUUCCAGCAGAGGCUUGUGAAACUGUUGGAGGUGAAGCUUGUGAUGUCGAAAUGUAUCCUGAAGUAAAGCUAAAACCAGAGGCUAAAAAGGGUGGCAGUGUCUCAGAGGCAGUUGAUAGAGAGUAUCUACAAUAUGACAGUCCUAAGACAGUCUUUCCUGCGGAGGCUUGUGAUGAUCUGGGUGGUGAAUUCUGUGAUCCAGAGUAUCAAAAGGGAGUUUACUAGAAAAACUUGUUGGGAAAAGGAGCUUCCACUUGUUCUCUUUUCCUCCUCUCUUUACUGACUUCCUAUUAUGCUUGUAAAUGAUUAGUAGACUACGAAGUUCUUCAAUACUGAUCAAUACUUUAUACUCUCCAACAACAUAAAAAACUAUCUGAGUUUUUUGUGAUCA